GUGUGUCAUUGAAAGCAACAAAAGACAUGCCUUUUUUAACGUCUACUUGCUAAAUUCUUGCCUGAAGAGAUCUUCGUGUUCUUCUGGGUUGUGCUUUGCACAAAAGACGGGGAAAACCUUUAACUUUAUUUUAAAAGAAGUUUCUUCAGCGACUCAUUAAAGAACUUGUUGACAGCGAGGAGUGGCUCGUGCUUCGGGCUGUCACGUGCCGAGACAUGCCCAACUCUGCGUGCAGUGAUCCCGGCGCCAGGGUUUCGGACCCGCAACACUCCCAGAAGCUGCUGCGAGUCCUCCGGACCUUCUGGGAGGAGAAAAGCUUCCAUGAUGCGGUGCUGGUUGUUGAUGGAGAGGAGCUUCCGGUGCAGAAGAACAUCCUGGCUGCUGCCAGCCCUUACAUCAGGACCAAGCUGAACUAUAACCCACCGAAAGGAGACGGCUCCACGUACAGAAUCGAGCUGCAGGGGGUUUCCAUGGCCACCAUGAAACAAAUCCUAGAUUUCAUCUUCAGCGGUGAGAUUACCCUGAGUGAGGAAACCAUCCAGGACAUGGUUCAGGCGUCAGACAUGCUUCUCAUGACCGACCUGAAGGCCUUGUGCUGCCAGUUCUUGGAGAGCUGCAUCACUGCAGAGAACUGCAUUGGCAUCCGCCUCUUCUCUCUGCACUACUGUCUGCACCACGUCCACCACGUCGCCACCGAGUUCCUGCAGACCCACUUCAGGGACGUGGAGCUCACAGAAGAGUUCAGGGAGCUGCCUCCGGAGCGCCUGUGCGAGCUGCUGGCCAUGGAGAAGCUCAACGUGGGCAACGAGAAGCAUGUUCUGGAGGCUGUGGUGCGGUGGUUCGCCCACGACCCUGAUGAGCGCAGGGUCCACAUGAAGCAGGUCAUGUCAUCUGUGUGGCUGCAGGGUUUGGACAUCAGCUACCUGAGACAGCAGGCCAUGGGGGAGCCGCUGAUGAGGGAGGUGAUCACAGAUCACUGUCAGAAGGUGCUGACGGAGGAUCCGCUGCAGGGCGAGGCGAUGCUCGCCGCCUUUAAGCCCAGAGGCUACUCUGAGUGUAUCAUCAUUGCAGGAGGAGAAGACCGCAAAACCAGGAAGCCCACCGGCGCCACGCGCUGCAUGUGUCCACUGUACGACAAUAACAGAAAGGACUGGAUCGAGCUGGAGCCGCUGAGCGUCCCCCGCAUCAACCACGGCGUGGUGGCUGCAGAGGGCUUCCUGUUCGUGAUGGGCGGGGCGGAUGAACACGGGACAGUCCUGGACAGCGGGGAGAAGUAUGACGCCGACUCCAACUCCUGGAGCUCCAUGCCUUCCAUGCUGCAGCCUCGUCAGAACUUCGGCGUGGUGGAGCUUGACGGCCUGAUCUACGUCCUGGGAGGGGAAAACGAAACCGCUGAGCUGACCUCGGUGGAGGUGUUCGAUCCUCACCUCAGCACCUGGAGGAUGCAGACCAGCAUGACCAUGAUCCGCAAGGUUGGAUGCUAUGCUUCCAUGAACAAAAAGAUCUAUGCUGUUGGUGGGGGCUCCUACGGGAAGCUGUUCGACUCUGUGGAGUGCUUUGACCCUAAAACCCAGCAGUGGACGGGUCUGUGUCCCCUGAAGGAGCGGCGGUUCGGCUCCGUGGCGUGCGGCGUUGGGCAGGAGCUUUACGUCUUUGGUGGAGUCCGGAGCAAAGAGAACGAAAACCCGGAGACGAGACAGAUGUUGACCUGCAAGUCUGAGUUCUACCAUGACGAGCUGAGGAGGUGGAUGUUCCUGGACGACCAGAGCCUGUGCAUCCAGACCAGCUCCACCUUUGUGUAUGGCGCGGUGCCGAUCGGAGCCAGCAUCUAUGUGGUGGGAGACCUGGACACGGGUACAAGCUUCGACUACAUCCGAGAGUUCCGCCGCAGCUCGGGGACCUGGCACCGCACCAAACCCAUGGUGCCCACGGACCUGUCCAAAACCGCCUGCGCCGCCUUGCGCAUCGCCAACUGUCGCCUGUUCCGCCUUCAGCUGAGUCAGGGAAUGUUCCGGAUCAGAGUGUGACCCGGCCGGCGAGCUGCGCUCUUUAACCUGCUGGAGGUUUGGGAUUCGGGACUUCUGGGACUUCGGGUUUACCGUGGCUUGAUGUAGAGGACGUCUCUUCGUUUACGUGUUUGUCGUGCAACUUUAUGGAGCAAAGGAAGAUCUCGACGCUACAGCCUUUCCUAUUUUAGAGGACUUUAAACUGAGGCUUGAUUUGUGUAGUAAAAAAGAACAUUCCUCCUAUGUGACACUCCAGUCUGAGAUUCAACAGCAUCCUCCACUUUGUUACCCAUUUUAUCAGGAAGCACAGGCAAUUCAGGAUGUUCCAGUUUGCCUUUUAACCCUUAAAUGUGUCAUUUUAUAUUUUUGGCAGUGCACUUGCUAAAAAUGAGCUUCUGUUGGUGUUUGGGUCAUGCUGCUUCGCUGUGAUUUCCAAGAAUCUCUGCGCCGUUUCCGCCUCAGCUGCUGAGGUUUGACUCCAUGCGUUGUUUCCUGGUGCCGUUGGUUUACAGUGUGAGGUAGCAGAGAUCUUCCACUGCAGCGUGUGGUUGCUGCACAGGUCCACUACGUCUAAUGCUUGGGUCUCGUACACUGAGAUGCUGGUUUCGGGACGAUCGGGUGCAGCGGUUUCUGUGUUUUCACCUUCACUGACUUCACUGACAGAAGUCUGUUUCCGUGUAAACGCACUGAAACACACCGAUCAUGGUCAACGUUUUUAUUAGUCAAAAUGGGAAUUCUUGGAUUAAAAAUCAUCCCAGAUUUGAUGAGUCAAGAUUGCCUUUAGUAAAAAAUCAAUUUGACUUUGAUGAAUCUGGUUUUUAAACCCAACCUUGCGUCUUGUGUAGUUGAACCAUUAACUGUAUAUAAGAACUGGACAGAGUCAGUGUGACGAGGCCAAAGAACAUGGUUCUACUUCCAGAUUCAACAAAAUGAUGUCGGUUCAGUCGCCAAUUUUUCUAUGAGUGGGCUUGUUGGAAGUCCACCCCCCCACCACCACUAGAAAGCAGGCUGCACAAAAUCCGUCAAAUGCUUCAAACGUUGGACGCGGUGGCACGCAGGAACCACAUACUUUUAUUGAGGAAUCUGAUUGGUCAGUUUAUAACUUAUAUGACUUGCACUACAUGAUUAAAAAAAUAAAGAUUAGCAGUAAGAUGUUAAAAACCAAUGUGGUCCUUGCAGUCAGUGACUGCUGCAGGCCAAGAAAAUGUAGCAGAUCAAGAAUUGGUUAUUCUGAUAAAUAUAAGGAAUAUAAGGCUGUUGAUUUCUCCAUAGUUUAUGGGAUUUUAGCUUCUCUCCCUGUUUGGAACGUGAGAAGGGCGGGGCCACUUAGUCCAAUUCUUCUAUACAGAUAAUGAACUGAACCAGUAAUCUAGGACCUCUUCUGCUUCUGUGGUAAACGUCCUGUUGGGUUUCAGGAGAAAAUCCAGUCGGAGGUCCAAUUGUUAAUCCUCAAACCCUCCGUUCAGCUUUUGGUAGUGAACGUCGGCCUCUUGGUGUUGUGCUUUGUAAGGGUUUGGGUUUUGCAUCCGUGUGUGGAGCUGCUGGGAGGAAAUUCUGCACCUUCUCUUCUGUAGUGACGGUUAAACGGCGUGUCGCUGUUUUUUUUAAAAAUGUUUGUUUGUAAGGAAAAGAGGCAGAAUAAGGAUGACAAACAGAUCGCUGCAUCUGAAUCUGUAGCAUUUUGUUAUUGAUUAAACCAUGUGGCUACGCUCAACAAGCUGUAGCUGAAGAUCAGAGGAAUAUUUGAAGAAAUCUAAAGCAGCUUUCCUCAGAAGAGCUGGACUCUGCCUUAAGAGGGAGGAUGAGGAGCUCCGUAAUCCAGAACAGCUGAGUUUUUAACCCCUCCCUGCCCGCCUUUUCAGAAUUGUAAUAAAUUAUAAAUGCAUAAACAUAAAACGUUUUAAUCACCAGAAAGUAUGAAGGUUCAUUUUAGGUGUAGAGUAGGGCUUUGUGACAUGGUAGUCAAUGGGGAGUUGCUCCUUUCUGACUCCAGUUUCCAGUGCUCUUUAGAAGAACUGCAACAUUUGUGUCUCGUUCAGGGUUGGAGGUCUGGGAUUCCUGGACAGCCUCUUGUUUGAAAAUAAAUAAAUAAUUCAAACAUGUAGCUGGAAGGAGAUCUGGGUGUAGAUCCAGGAGAAGCCAGAAUGGGGAGUCCUGAAUCGGUCCUGUUCAGGUUACUUUUGAGUUUAAUGGAUGGUUGGUUUUCAAGGUGCAGUUUCCCUCUGGUUUAGCUGUUCAGAAUAAAGACUUUCCGCUCUGAUUUACUGGAAGAAACGGCUUUUUAAACAGGAUCUUAGCAGGCUCGGAUCUUCUAAACAGCUUCCCGUGUUUCUAAUCGACUGACAAAGAAACGAGUUCUUCACAGCACAUGGAAAUAAUCCACUAGCUGAGUGUGAAUUGAUGUUUGUGUUCAUUUUGACACUUUUAUAUUUUUCCGUGUGACAUCAUUUACAGUCAACACUGCUGCACAUUUCCAGUUCGCUCUGUUUACUCAACACUUCCUCUGGACUCCCUGUGCAGGGAUCCUUCAGAGGACAAUUAGAAACUCAUUACAAAGAGGUUAACUUCAGCCGAAUGUGUGUUCUGGUCGGCUGGAGGUGAUGCUCCCACCUCAAUUUGCACUUUUGAGGAAGUUGCUGUUCAGUGUGUUUGAUUUAGGUCAAAGGGAUUAAAUGGCAAAGCUGUCAAACAGACAUUUUGUUCAUCUUGUUUUAUUUUUUUGUUUAGUGGUGAUAUGGAUUCAUGACCUCCAAGCAAUGAAGCACAGCAAAA